UCGCGAGUCUUGAAGGCGGUUUUCUGCGUGGGCCGCAUUGGAUGUGCGGGGUGUGGUUCCCGGUGGGGGGUGGAGCUAGAGAUGGCGUCCAUGGCGGCUCGCCGGCUGGCCUGGGUAACAGUCCGGCCUGGGGCUCUCUGGAGCGGGCCGAGGGAGAGGAGAGGUGGCGAUGUCUACGCUGUACCAGGCAGCUCAGGUCGCAGCCUGGUACCGUCGAGGUCAGUCAUCGUCACUCGCAGCGGUGCCAUUUUGCCCAAGCCGGUGAAAAUGUCCUUUGGUCUUCUCCGUGUGUUCUCCAUUGUGAUCCCCUUUCUCUAUGUGGGGACUCUGAUUAGCAAGAACUUUGCUGCUCUGCUUGAGGAGCAUGACAUUUUUGUCCCAGAGGACGACGACGAUGAUGAUUAACAGGUAAGUAAGACUUGCCCUUCCCAUCAAUGGACAG